UUAUGACUUGUGAAAAAAAUCAGGGGACACAAACAGUGGUCGUUUCCUGUCGGCCUUUGGGGAAGAGUCUUUAGCCGACGGAUUAUUUGGAUCUAUUGCAAUCUGAAAUGGAUUCGAACGGAAGGAAAGUUGUUGUGUGCGAUAAUGGCACAGGGUUCGUCAAAUGUGGGUUUGCAGGCUCAAACUUCCCUGCACAUAUAUUUCCAUCUCUUGUUGGUAGACCUAUCAUUAGAUCAACAACAAAGAUUGGUGAUAUAGAAGUGAAGGAUCUUAUGAUAGGAGAGGAGGCCAGUGAACUCAGAUCUAUGCUUGAGGUCAAUUAUCCCAUGGAAAAUGGCAUUGUGCGCAACUGGGAGGAUAUGACUCACUUGUAUGAUCACACGUUUGGACCAGAGAAGAUGAAUUUGGAAACAAAUAACUCACGCAUCCUCCUCACAGAACCACCAAUGAACCCCAUGAAGAAUAGAGAGAAAAUGAUAGAGCUUAUGUUUGAGAAGUACCAGUUUCACAGUGUGCACAUUGCGAUCCAGGCUGUUCUCACCCUGUAUGCCCAAGGCUUGGUCACAGGAGUUGUUGUGGACGCUGGCGAUGGUGUCACUCAUUUCUGUCCUGUCUACGAUGGCUUUGCCCUGCCUCAUUUGACGAGACGGUUGGAUAUUGCUGGUCGUGACAUCACCAGAUAUCUCAUUAAGCUGCUGUUGCUGCGGGGUUAUGCCUUCAAUCAUUCUGCUGAUUUCGAGACUGUCAGAAUGUUGAAAGAGAAACUGUGCUACGUUGCGUAUGAUAUUGAGCUGGAGCAGAAGCUUGCCCUUGACACCACAGUUUUGGUGGAGCCUUACACGUUGCCAGAUGGCCGAGUGAUCAAAGUUGGCGGUGAGAGGUUUGGGGCGCCUGAGGCGCUGUUCCAGCCUCACUUGAUCAACGUGGACAGCGUUGGCGUGGCUGAGCUGCUCUUCAACACCAUCCAGGCGGCAGACAUGGACCUGAGGGCCGACUUCUACAAGCACAUUGUGCUGUCUGGGGGCUCUACCAUGUACCCAGGCCUGCCCAGCCGUUUGGAGAGGGAGAUCAAACAACUUUAUCUGGAGAGAGUUCUGAAGGGGGAUACCACUGCUCUGUCUAAAUUCAAAAUCAGAAUUGAGGAUCCUCCCAGAAGGAAGCACAUGGUGUUCAUGGGCGGCUCAGUUCUGGCAGACAUCAUGAAGGACAAGAACGAGUUCUGGCUCCUGCGAUCUGAGUAUGAAGAGAAGGGAAUCCGCGUUCUGGACAAGUUGCUCAGACCAGCUGUUGCAUAGAUCUCACGCUUUUAGCAUUCCAAUUCUUUCAGAUGACCAAGAAUGUGUAAAAAAAAAAAAGGAAUUACCUGCUACUCAUGUCAAGCAAUUAUUUUGACUCAUCAUACUUGCUCUUUCAGUUAUGAUCUUUUAAGAACUCUGGUUAGGUAUUUUUAGUCAAUCGAUUGAUGAAUGUUAUCCGAGUAAGGCUGACAGAAGUGUUUGUAUGUAAAUUAAAUGGUUUUCACAAAAAGCGUUUGAUGUGGUGUACUAAAGUGGUGUGCAAGAAAAUCGAAGAUCCUUUUGUAUAGAAUUGAACAAAUGGAUGAUGAUUCCUAAGGAUACUUGAGAGAAUCGGAGGUUGUUUAGUAUCGUUUUGGUUUAAGAGAUUGUGUGCUCUUCAGUGCCUUUUUCUUCCAGUGUGCACACACAUAUUUUUUUGGAUCAAAGUUAAAAGAAAUGUGUGUUGAAAACUGAGCAACAGCAAAUGCUGAGAUCACUUCCCAGCACUGAGGAAUGUUUCCACUAUGGUACCAUUAUCCGUCGUAAGGAUUAACAUUUUUAAAGUAGCUGUUGUUCACAUUUCAAUUGUAUGCUUGACAUAUCGUUUUUUCUCACCUUCUGUUUGUUAGCACCCGUUUUUAAAAUGAUUUUUGCAAAUUAUGAGAUGUAAAAUAAAAGUGCUGUUUUCACUUCUUUUGAAAAAA